AGCAGAUUGGCUAAGCAGAUCAUUUACGGCAACUUUUACGUACAUAUAUUAGUUUAUUAAAAAAUGGCGGUUCCAGCACUUAUAAAUUCUUUUAAUCAUUUAAAGAUAGAAGCUGUUACUGAACUUAUCACUAAUAGUGAUAUUACUACCAGGCCAACUGUGCUCAACAAUCCAAAAGCAGGAGAAGUGUAUGUCGUUCAAGUGAACAAUGGGAAAGAUGAUUGGCGUGCAGAUGGAUAUAGAUGGAAACAGAGUGGAUGCUGUAAAAUUCCACGUGGCUCUCCAGUUUACUCAAAACUCCACUAUGCCACAGUAACAUCUACUGGGACAUCAACUUUGUUUCAGAAGUUUGUGUAUAAAGAUUUAAGCCAAAAAGAUGUUGUUGUCAUUCAUUAUAUGGGAAACCACGAACUUGCUGUCCUUAAGCCACAUGGAAACUCUAAAAAAGCUAUUAACUUCCUACCAACUGCUUUAUCCGUGCAGAGUGCAAUUGUUAAUUCAAAAAGUUACAAAGAUCUACUCAUUGAUGUCAAAGCAGAUACAGUUUCAGCCAAGAAAUCCAAGACAAUUUAAGUAUGUAAAAAGUGUUGAGGCAGCAGGUAAAAGAAUUGGUACUGAUUCCUUUAUAACUCUUCAUGAACUUGCUUAUAUGAUUCCAGGAUUUGUAUGGACAAUAUCCACUAACCCUGACUUGUCAGUAUCAUUUGGCAUGCAGAAAUCCAUAGAUCAGCUUGUUAUGUGCUCUGAGGUAUUUCUAUCAUAUGAUACUACAUUUAAUUUAGGUGAUUUUUACUUAUCAAUUUUAGUGGCACAAAUGAGUUAUUUUGUGGAAAAACCAUGUAUGCCUAUAGCUUUUGUAUUACAUGAUCGAAAGUUUGAUGUUGUUCAUAAACAUUUUUUUAAAACUCUUAAAACAAAACUACCAACUCUAAAUCAGGUGGUAAUUGUAACAGAUGGCGAGAGUGGUCUGGGCAAUUCAAUUCAAAAAGCAUUUCCUAGGUGGAACCUAGUAACAUGCUCUAACCAUAUUUUGUCAGAUGCUGAGAUUUGGUUGAAAAAACACUAUGCUGGUAAGGAAGAGAUAAAUGUAUACAAAUCUCAAUUACAAGAACUUUUACAAUGUCAAAGUAAGGGGCAGCUUGAAAUGAAGAUUGGUACAUUAAGGCUUUCUUGGAGUGAAGCCUUUGUUAUUUAUUUUGAAAACCACUUGAGCGCUCGCAUUUUAAUUGCUUAUAUUGGACAUUUGAGGUCUGUUGGUUUAAUGCAAAACUUUAUUUCAAACAAUGUAUCUGAAUCAUUGAAUGCUGUAAUAAAGAAGUAUCAGGAUUGGGAAGAGGCACCGGUUGAUACAAUGCUUAUAGCAAUGCACCGUUUGCAAGAAUUUUAUCUAACAGAAAUCAGACGCAGUUUUGGUGGCUUUGGGCCAUACACUCUCAAUAAAAGUAGUCACCUAUCUAGUAUGUAUUUAAAAUAUGUUAUAACUUUUAUUUAUUUAUGAACUGUGUUAACUUAUUUAUGCUCUAUUUUUACACUGUUUUAGGAAAAUUAGUUGCACAUAAGAAUAUAUUCAUCAUCAGUAUUAUAUAGAUGAUAUUUAGUCUUACAUUUUUGCACUAUGUUUUGGAA